GUGGCAUUCGUUCGAACCCGCUCACGGGCCCUUUGAAAAUUUCUCCCGAUGUCGGCGGCGGGUGGUGGAAAGAUGGCCGUGCGCUGAGGGGCUAGCCAGCUGAGCUGCAGCCAGCGACCACCACCGUCGGCGGGUGACAGGCCGCCCCAAAUUACUGGCUUCGCGUGGGCUGCGUCGCGCGGCCGCCGUGACGGGAGGGAAAAGAGAAAAUCGGCCGCGACCGCCGCCCCUUGGAGUUUCGGACCCGUGCCAGGGGUGAUGCGCUCCCGGGCAGCCGCCGUCAGCUGAGCGCAGCAGUACCAGUGCGACCCCGUCGUCGCCACCGCUGGGACGACGGCUAGCUCCCGAGCGCCAUGGAGGACAUCAAGAGUGACGCGGUACUCCACAUCGCCGAGAUCAUCACGGACCGGCUGUACUUUGCCACAGUGCGUAGCACAGUGAAACCAGUCUCGGGUGGCCAGAACCACUUCUUCAGCAUCGACGAUGAGCUGGUCUACGAGAGCUUCUACGCCGACUUUGGCCCUCUCAACCUGGCCAUGCUCUACCGCUACUGUGUCAAACUGCAGAAGAAGCUGAAGUCGUACGCCCUGGCCCAGAAGAAGAUCAUCCACUACACGACCAGUGACGGCAAGAAGCGGGUCAAUGCGGCCUUUCUGAUGGGCUCCUACUCCAUAAUCUUCCUAAAGCGGACUGCUGAGCAAGCUUACAAGUCUCUCUGUGCAGGCAUCAUCACGCCAUACAUUUCUUUCAGGGACGCGUCGUUUGGGCCUUGCACGUACAACCUGAGUUUGCUGAACUGUCUGCGGGCCGUCGAGAAGGCGGUUCUCCACAAAUUCCUCGACUUUGAGACAUUUGACCUGGAAGAGUACGAGUACUACGAGCGGGUGGAGAAUGGCGACCUCAACUGGAUCGUGCCCAACAAGUUCAUCGCCUUCUGCGGGCCCCACCCCAAGAGCAAAAUUGAAAACGGCCACCCGUUCCACUCGCCGGAGACCUACUUCCCGUACUUUCGCGAGCACAACGUCAGCACUGUGGUGCGGCUGAACAAGAAGAUAUACGACGCCCGCCGCUUUGCUGACCAGGGCUUUGACCACAAGGACCUGUUCUUCGUGGAUGGCUCAACGCCCAGCGAUGCCAUCAUGCGCGAAUUCAUCGAAAUCAGCGAGAACACCCCUGGUGCCAUCGCAGUCCAUUGCAAGGCUGGCCUUGGCCGCACGGGUACCCUGAUAGCGUGCUACAUCAUGAAGCACUACCGCUUCACAGCGGCCGAGGCCAUCGCCUGGAUCCGCAUCUGCCGGCCAGGCUCCAUUAUUGGCCACCAGCAGCAUUGGCUCGAAGAGAAGCAGCACUACCUGUGGCUACAGGGUGACCUGCACAGGUCGCAGCUGAGUGGCAGCCAGCAGCAGCAGCAGCACGCCAACAACCUCAACAACAACCAGGCCGCCCACGGCAACACGGGGACCACCACGGGCAGUGCGCGGCGCUCGCUCUCGCCGCACAACCGCAGUGUGUCCCCGCCGGCCACGGCGAGCAACAACCGGCGCGGGUCGCCCCGGCGCGCCAUGCCGUCGGACACCGAGGGCACGGUCAGCCACAUACUGGGCCGCUUCCACUUGACCGACAAGCGGACGCAGCAGCAGCAGCAGGUGGACCGGGCCAACAACAACACGAUGGCGGGCGACUCUGAGGAGGACCUGACGCAGGGCGACAAACUUAUGCGCAUCAAGGCGCAGCGGAGGCACCCGCGCUCCCUCACGGCUGGCACUCCGCUCGCUGGCGAAGAAGGCCGUCCACAGCGGCGAGCUUCCUCUCAGCCCCUGAAAAUAGGAGGCGGCGGGGGCACUCCCUUGUCGACCCCGGGGGGCCCCUUUACAUCAUCGGUGGGCUAUGCGUCCCCGGUCAAGUCCCUGCGCACGGGAAGCCGCACUCCCACUGCGGCUGUCAACACGACGGGGCGUCGCCGCUCCCCCACUUCGCCUCCUGCACGCAGUGUCUCGAGCCGCCAGGCGUCGGGCAGCAUGCCCAGGUGACGAGGGGGGCCGGCCCUCCGGAGGGCGGCAGCGGAGGCGCCCCCCGGCCCCCCUAGCAGGCGCUCCCCCCGGAAGAGGCCCAAAAGGUGCAACCCCUCCACCCCCAGCCACCGCUGACGAACCCCUCUGCGGCCUGCCGCUAGCACGGCACGCCCAUGCCUGUCUGCCCCUCCAGGAUAGAAUCGCCGGUUCUGUCACAUGCGGCGGGAUGAUAACCAGGCAGUGUCGCUGGCAGGUACUUUCCCCCGCUUGUAGACCUCCUCACCAGAGUAAAGUGUGCAACACUGCCUGGAGUUGGGAGGUGAUGGCGAGGCGUGCCUCUCUAAUGAUCCAGGCAAGAACCGUCAUUCCUGCGGCAGAAUGCGAUGGUGACCGGAGGUCAUGCAAACGAGCACCCUCGUACACAUACCCCAUCAACAUCGAGUGCAACGUUAGAGCAUGAUAGCAUACUGCCAGUUCCCUGCCACCACCUUUGUGCUAGCUGGCAUCUGGUACAGCCGGUACCAGUUCAUGUCAGCUCAUACCAGCUGUGCACCAGAGUACCAGCUGUGUACACCGGUGUACCUGGGUACACCCGUGAGCAAAGUUAUACGGACCACGGGAGCGCAUUGCAAAUUGAACCGACGCACUUUCUAGCGGUGUGCGGCGCCUACUGUUGAGAGUCGUGUCAGCGCAGCAGUGCGCAUGCACGUCCCAUCAUAUCUGCCAACGUGUCGUAUAGCUUUCCCUGGCGAGGCUACGGUGCUCGUCGACUUCGGUUUUUCUUUGCUCCGUCACAUCUGUGCCAUUGUUUUGCUGAGUGGCUGCAGCAGAGCUGGCUCGCAUGUCCACUGCGCAUUGGAUUUCUUUGAAUGUCGCACAGCUAAGAAGCUCCACUGACGCCUUUUGAUUACUCGCACAGAAUAGCUUGCUCCUUGCAGCGACGCUAUAUAAUCGGAAAUGCUUCCAACCUUUGCUGCCGUGAUAUCAAGAAAGUUGUUGCAAUCAAUGUAGUUUGUUGCCCAAAUGGACUGCGACUGAGUAUCAGUGGUGCCUGUAUGUAUCACUUAAAAGACUAACAAGAUAAAAAAGCCACCGUACAGCUAUUAUCUUCUGAAACUGUUCAACGAAGAUGAGUGCAUUUAAUGCGCGGGUAAGUCUCCCUAUACACCACUGCGGGAACAUUGCCACAGGCCAAAAUAUAAGAACAGGGCAGUAAUAUGCCGCAUGCUGCUAUAGAGUUUAAUUCACGUCUGCCACUAGAAAGUAGAUUACGUUCCGCAUUUGGCAAAGAAGACAACUUGAACAUUUGUUCGUCUCUUGAGUAUUCUUAGGGUAAGCUGACAUGCUAAUGUUGCUCUCAGAUAAUAUAUUGUCGAUACUCUGUCGCACUCCACGUCACGACAAGGUACACCGAUUGAAAACCUUGCUUUUGCACACAGGAGCAAAUAUUGGAAGCGUUUCCGAUACUAUAACGCCCCAAAACAAGCAAGACGUUAUGUGUGAUUUAUCAAAAGGCGCGAGGGAAGGCAGCAGGCUGCACGAUAACAACAGAAUCGUGACGCGCAGCGGUCACGCUAGCCAACUCUGCCGCACCAACUCAGUGAAACAGCGGCGAGGAUGUGACGGAGCAGAGCAAGCAGCACCCCUUUGACGUUUAGUUGACGAGCAGCGUAACCUUUCCAGGGAAAGCAAUAUCACACGCUGGCAGUUAUGGUGGGACAUGCAUGCUCACUGCCGCGUUGGCUUCAUUUUCGACUGCAGACGCUGCGCCGUCAGAAGGCACGUCAAUGCAGUGGUCCGUAUACUUUUGCUCAUGGGUGUACCAGCCGUGUAAUGUGCCCUAGACGUACAGAUAGACUGCUGGAAGAGGUGAUAAUGGUACCGGUAGUGGUAAAGCGGUAACUGUAUGACAACAUUCUGUUGCCUGUAGUUUGGAGAUGCUAGCAUGGCGUGCCUGCCUGCCCUACUGGGAAGGAAUUGCUGGCUCUGGGGCAAGCAAAAUGAUGAUGACGAUGACCAGACAGCGCCCUCGUGGGCUCUUCCUGUGCAUAUCUCACCAGAAUUGAGAGUGGCAUUGUUGACCAGAGUCGAGACACUGGUGCCGUGAUGCUGGUAGAUGUUUUGCGAGUCUCUGGACAAAAUUUUGUUUGUUCCAGAAACGAUUGCCACAAGCACUGCACGUGUAACUUUAACUUCAGUUGGACUCGAGAAAAAGGGAGUGGUGCAUUCUUUUGUAAUAGUGCUUGGAGGAGCUCGCUCUGCACCUCUUGCCCUCGUGCCAGUACUUUUAGUCAAGUUGCACCUGGAAGUACGUUUGGCAUUUUGUUCUAAAGCGUGCAGUCGUAACAUGCUGCAGCAGUUUUAAUUCUCACUAAGGGCACUUGCUGCUAAUUCAUUGGUUGGAAGCUUUGCCACACACUUUCAACCCUAUGGCUGGGUGCCCACAGCACAGAUUUCUUUUACUUUGGAGUGGGGCACCAAGUCUUGAAAUAGAGAGAAUGACGCCGUACCUGUGGGUUGUGGCAUGUACAGCCUAGUUCACCUGCAUUCAUUAACGUAUCAAUGUUUGAAGAGGUCCGGUUCAUUGGGUUUGGAGUUUAACACAUGCACUUGCUCUUUUAUGGGUUUCUUUACAUUGCCUUGAGUUGAUUUGCGCAAAACUGCAGCACCAGAUCCAAGCCAUUUUGCUGGUCUGGUUCCCAUUGAAGUGCAGCUGUCCUUUGGUAGAGGCCAAGAACUGGUUGCAUUGUAUGGAGGAACGCUGGGGGUUAUACUGGUUUAAAGCUGUGUUGCAGUUGUUUUUAUUUGUGUAAUGUGAACCAUUGACAAUGAGAUUUUAUUUCAUAAGGCCAAUUGCAAUACUGUGAAAGCUGUUGGCUGUGACUCCCACGUGGUGUUGGCUACACUCCGCCUUUUAAGUGCUGUCUCCUCAUUGCAAACAAAUGUGCUGCUGCUGUGUCACCGACACAUAGUGUAGCAAUGGCCAUGCUCCCAUUUGAUCACAUUUUGGUGAUGUCGCCUUCAGUGCGAGCUGUUUGGCUAAGCCGACGGAAGCAGAUGUGCUAAAAUGUGUGGUAACUUGCCGCCUGAGCACUGUUGUGGCAUUGUAUGCUUUUCGAGCACAUAGACAAAAUGUCCAUUGGCUGUAGUGAAACAUUAUGCUGAACAUUGCGCUGAAAGUCGCACUGGAAGCCAUCAAUCGUAAAUAUCACCCAAGAAGGUUUGAGACCCUACCAAACAAUUUACUGUUGGAUGUCACAUUGCAUUGAGCGACACUUGACGACAUGCAUUGACAUACGAGGGGCAGUCAAAAAGUUUACGGAAUGGUGGUUCAGCGUGCUGAUGUUAUGACCUAUGGCAAUGCUUACCUAAUCACCUUCGAAGUAUGACCCUUGCAUGCACACACACUUGCUCCAUCGCUGCUGCCAUUGUUGGAAGCAGCGGUAGAAGGCUUCUUUCGGAAUCUGUGAGAGCUUAGCCGUUGCAUUCGCUUUGAUGUCCUCCACGGUUUUAAAACGUGUUUACUUGAGGCCAAUUUUCAGAGUAGGGAACAGCCAAAAGUGACUUGGAGUGAGAUUCCGAGAGCACGGUGGUUGAGGGAUGACUGGAAUGUUAUUCUCGGCGAGGAACUGUUGCAUAACAAGUGAUGUGUGGCUUGGCGCCUUAUUGUGAUGCAGACACCACUGGCCUUUCCACUUGUCUCAUCGCGUCCUUCGAACUGCAUCGCGCACCCUUUGGAAAACUUGCACGUAGAAAUGGCCAAUAACAGACUGUCUAGGCAGUACGAACUCAUGGUGCACCAAGCCAUCGACGUCAAAGAAUACACAUUACAUUAUGGGAUUUUACAUGCCAAAGCCACAAUCUGAUUAUAAGGCACGCCGUAGUCGGGGACUCCGGAAAUUUGGACCACCUGGGUUUCUUUAACGUGCACCUAAAUCUAGGUACACGGGUGUUUUCACAUUUUGACCCCAUCGAAGUGCGACCGCCGUGGCCGGUAUUCGAUUCCGCGACCUUGUGAUUAGCAGCCCAACACCAUAGCCACUAAGCAACCACAGCAGGUUUUAAAGAAUGCAAUGAGAAUUGCUUUGACCUUGGAUCCGACGAUGCAGGAUUUUUUUGGUCUGGGAGACGCUGGUGUGUGCCACUCCGGUGACUGCUGUUUCGUUGCCGGGUCGUAGGCGAAAACCCAAGACUCAUUAUUAGUGACGACCUGUUGGAGCAACGUUGGGUCCUAUGUACUCGUCUCAAACAGCUUGCAAACGAUUGUCAUGCGACAGUCAUCUGAUCUGCGUUUAGCUGCCUCGGAACAAACUUUGCACUGAUGUGUCUCAUCUUCAAAUCAUUGUUUAAAAUGGCUUGAAUUGAUCCGUGUGAGAUACCCACUUCUUGCUUUAACUCCUCGAGUAUCAUUCUUUGGUCACGGUGAAUUAAUUGUUCCACUUUGGCAAUCAUUUCAUCGUUUCGGGAUGUCGACGGUCUCCCACUGCGUUCGUCGUCCUCUAACGUCUCUUGCCCUUUCUUAAACCGUGCAAACCAGUUGCAAACUGUGGUUUUCUUUAGUGCAUUGUCACCGUAUACUUGCUUGAGGACCGACAGUGUCUCUAAAGCUGAUUUUCCAAAUUUGCACAUGAAUUUCACCAUCGCAUGCUGUUCGAACUGUGAUAUUAGGCCGACUGCCCACCACUCAUGUCCACGAAUCCACAACUGCCCACCACUCGCGUCCAGUGAUGCCUAUCCAGACCUGCUCUGCCCACACUUGCAAACAUGUCUAGCCCCCUACCCAAGUAUGUGCACGCUAUCUUAUCGCUCGUUCGGUGUCAGCAAAGCAAUUCUGGAAACAUUUUGACUGCUCCUCGUAUAGCAGGCCCGUCUGCCUCUGAACUUAUGCACAUCGAAUAUCAUUUGGCGACAUUUUUUGACUCGUGAUGUGAAGUUUGUUAGCAAACUCGGUCGGUGAUGUUUGGUCGCUGCUUAAGGCACAAACGGUAAAACCACACCAGUGUGGCACUGUUGUUUGUGUUACUCAAUGCUGUACUGUGACUCCUGCUGGUCAGGUGACUAAACACGCCCAGACUUGCUGUGAUAGCUGUAGCUCUGUAGGCAGCGCAGUUCCAGCUAGGCCUGCUCUUUCAUGCUCGCUUGGGCAGCCAGUCAAUGAGUGGUUGGCACAGUCAAACCUCAUUAUAACGGAAGUCGCCUCUGACUUGAAAAUACUUUCAUUAUGUUCAGUAUUUGUUAUUAGUGUACACAUUGACUUUGUCAAAAUAUAGUCACAAUCAGGUCUGUGUGAGAGAAAGGCAAGCAUAGUGGCUCCGACAGGCCAGAAAAGAUUCUCCAGACGAUUUUGAUGGCAUGCUGUCGUCUUGCCAUGCCAAUAUAUUGCACAUGAGCAGUGCAGAAUUAAAACAUGCAUUUUGCGCCAUUGUUAAUAUGCAGCCAUGCAAUCUGGGUGAUUACACAGGAUGGGCACGUCCGCAAGCCAACUGUAGGACAGCCAAGCCAAGCCAAGCUGCUGACAAAGGCGCACAUGCACAACCUGCAUAUGCCAUUUCAGUUGCUCUUUCGGAUUUUUUAAUUUUUGCUUCUAGAAUGCAUACUUUAAGCUGCAAGCGAACAAAUAGUUCCUUUGCUGUAACCUAUACCGUCAUGGCUCUUGCAUCUUUGGUUUCAUCACAGCAGUAGAAAACUCACUGAAAUAAAUCAUGGCAGAGCAAAUUUUGGAUUUCCUUUGUUAUACUUGAUAAUUUGUUAUACAUCCGCAUUUGCUAUAUCGUGAUUUUAUUGUAUUGGCAAGGCAAAAUUAAAUUAUCUUUGUGUUAGCAAAUGUUUUGUUUGCUACCAGGCAGUGAUAAUGUUGCUUCGAAUUGCCCUUCAAGGUGUGCAGUGCACCGUGUGUUUUAGUUGGCACAGCAGCAGUAGCAACAACAGAGUCUCACAGGUGAUCUUUGAGGAAAGCACUGGGAGGCAGGCCACUGCCAAUUUUGCAAAAAUGGCAUUGCUGUGGCAUUUAAACCCACUUAUGUAUGUCAGGCACAAAUAUGGUGUCUACAGGCAUGUUCAGGUUUGUCGUUCACAGAAGCCUGGACGUGCCAUUCUUCCCGGUUUGUUUUCCUCAUUACCCAUUGUCAAUUAUCACCCCUUGUCACUUUUCACCCUCGCCACAUCCCGCCCAACCACUUCCCGUCCUUGUAGCGGACAGUGAGAGCUCACGAACUCGGAUGACACUGACACUGUCGCCCUAAGCAGACUGAGGGUGCUUCUGGAACCAUACUAAUCACUGAUCCUUGUUGCUGCAUGGAUGUACCGAAGAUAAUGUUUCACUCAUCACACUCAUUUCGUGCUUUGGGGCCGAUAUACUCAGUCUCACCGUGACUCGGCAAACAGGCAAGGCUGUGGGACCUUCUCACUUCAUGUGUGAGAGAGCCGUUAGAUUUUAUUUUGUUAACAGCCACAAAUUCUUGUUUCAGACAGUUUUUGCUAUUGCUUCUAUUAACUCAAAGCCCCUUAAUAAAAGAACUUCAGUGGACAUAGAUGUGGCACCACCUUGGGUUCUAGCUUAGAAAUAUGCAUGUUGGUGCUAGGAGACGACAAGUGAGUAAUAUGUUUUUUGAGUGUCUCCAUGUUUUUGAGUGGCUCUUCAUAAUUAAUAGUGUUUGCCUAUGGAUGACUGCAUGGGCAGGGGCUUUCUUAAGUAGUAAAAGCCAGUCGGUGGUAAGCACGCAACGUUUUGCUUGGGGAACAUGUACUUCACCAAUGACAGAACGGACAACGCAGACGACGCAUCUUGGAGUGGUGAUAGCUCCUGCUUUGCUUCAGCGUAGCAGGUGGAGUAAUGUGCUACCGGGAUCCAAUUGCUUGACUGCACCUGAAGCCUUCUCACCUUGCCGAGUUAUGAUGGGACAGGGUACAGUGUUGGCAACUGUUAACUGCCCACUUUUGCAACAUGGGUUACUGAGAGUCCACCUGUCCCUCUCACAUUUUUAGAUAACUUUGAGAGAUUCACUGUUUGGGUCAUCUGUAUAUGCCGCCCAUGACUCAUUUUGUUGUUCCUUCACUGAGACAUUGCACAUCAGACUAGGGCGCUGCUUGACGCAGGCGUUUGGCAUAGCAGGGCCACAAUACGAUCAUUGUACCAUGCCGUUGCUGUCUGUGCAGCAGGAGACCAUGCCUUCUGUAUCAGUGUGACUUUCCCUAGCCCCCGUGUGUUGGAAAAGUGACUAAUCUCAACCAUCAUCUGGGACAGUGGCUAAGCUACAAUGGGCCAAAUCUGCAGGCAGCCCAUAGAGUGUACUUGUGGGCACUGAAUAGCAGGACCCGGCAGAAUGGAGGGUUUGGCCAGUUUCCUUCUUCAUUUUUUGAAGAGGCCACUAAAAUGAAACAGUGAGCGUUCUACACACUGUCCUGAUGCUCGUUGGAGGACUGGUUCCUAAAAAAAUGAAACAACAUCUACAAGAAACAAGCAAACAAAAAAGCAAAGCAAAAACAAAACAGGAUAUAAGACACAUGACGUAGUUGUCAUAGCUCAGGACAGACAGUGGUAUGAAAUUGUUGGACUAAUAAUUUGUGUGUCAACUAACAACUGAUUAAUAGGCCUGUUGCUCAUCGGCUUGCUGUCCACUUGCGUGUCACAUCUUGUUUCCACCGGUUAUGGUGCUUCACAGUGUUGCAGGCCAGGGCAGUCGUCAACUGUUCUGCAUUAGUAUCACAGCUCCACUUUGUAUCGAUGUUGAUUUCUUAAAUGGAGCUAGUUGGUUCGUGAUGUGUAUCAUAUUUUUCUCUUAGCGGCGGCAGACUUCUUUGCCGGGUCAAUGUAGAAUUGGAGGCAUUGUGCACUGUAGCUGUUUGUGGCAAAUUUCUGCCUCGGGCUGUUGUCCUUGUCUCUUUCUAUUUUACUCAUUGUCUGUUGUCUCCGUAAGUGUGUGUCUUCCUUUGUCUUUGUACUGUCUGUGUUGUUUAUGCCGAGAAAGAAAAAAACAUGCCCGUGCGGUGUAGACUGAGGAAGCCAGUGCUCCCGUAGAAAUGGCCAGGGGGUGCUCCUGAAUGGGAAGAAGGGGAAUUAAGGGACCCAAUUUUUGUUAACCACAAUUAUAUGACAGUAACGGUUAAUAAAACAAAGGGAAACAUAGGGCAAAUAGCAAGUAAUUAGUAGUUUACCCUGCGCUUUCUUUGGUUUUAUUGUCUAUUGGCUUCAUGUGUUUAGGGGCACUCAUGUGGCCUUUCUGUGAAGGUGGCCAUAAUCACAUGAUGAUUAUGAUAAUGGUUAUGAUAAUGAUUAUAAUAAUCAUCAUGCGACACACUCCUACUGCAGCACGGGGAGAAAGAAUUGGGGAAAUAUGACGGGCUCGUCAAUUCGAGCCGCCGAAGUAGUUAGCAGCCACUGAAGCUAAGAGGAACAUAGUGGCAUUAUUUUCUUGGUUGGUGGAAAAGAUUAGUACAUUGCCUUUGUUUACAUCACGUUAAAGCAGAUGCAAAAGAAAAGGCAACGCUUAGCUCUUGAAGACAGAUCGUGCAAUUUCCACCUGUCGUGUGUGGUGCCUUGGCUUCUGCGACUUGAGGCCGUAUUCACGAAUGUGCUUCAACUUGAUGCUUGACUCUGCAAUAACUCUAUGUAGGGCAGCACAACCCAUGAAUUGAAGUGGUCACCGUGCCUUCGUAACACCUCUCAGUGAUUCUUGAACUAUAGUUUUGUGAUAGCACUCUUUAGCAUUUACUCAAAGGCACAGGAUUGGAGGGGUGUUUCUUAAGCGACUCCUCAUCACGGGAAUCACCGAGGAGUGUUGUUGAAGCUCGGUGACUGCUUGAGUUGAUAGGCAGUGCUUCCAUGCGCUCGGCAGAGUCGAGGAAGAGCGUUGAGCUGAGGUAAGUUUGUGAAUGCAAGGGGUUAGCUUCUCUAGUGGUAGCACUUCUGUAGUGUCCAGCUGCAAUCUUGAUGCUGCCUUAAAAGAUGCCUCGAUGACCGUUGUUGUUAGGAUUAUGCCAAAGUGAUGUGCAGCAACUCUAAUUUAUGCACCUCUCCUAACAUUGUUACCCACUUCCACCGGAUGGAUGUUUUGGAUUCCAUUGCUGUAGCACGCACUGCCUUGGAACUCCUGGUGUAAUCUGCGGUUAUUUGUUUAGCAGCGCUGUGGACUACUUCGUUUGAAACAUUGCGAGGCUCUUACCUGAAAGCAUGAAUUCUGCAUCGUUUACCAACCUUUGGGAGGCGACGCACUGUCCAUUGUCAGUGCCGAGCGUGCAGUGGCGCCGCGCUAUGGGCAGGCUGUGAACUCGACCUUGGUGAUUGGUGACGGCGACGUCAUCCCGUGAGUGGUCAUAUUGAGAGGCCUAGAGUAAAAGGAGGGUGGUACGGUGCCUCUCCUCCAUUUCAGGUUUCGAGCAUCACCAAAGUAGAUGCAUUAAAUAGGUGUUUCAGAACUGACACAGUUAACUUCUCUCGGCAAAGUGUUAUGAGUGGCUGACAGGCAUGACACCGCACCUGUGAACGAUUCGUGCACCGUAUCUUUUUUCUUUUCUUUUUGAGCUGAAGGCAUAGGAGCAGUCUUGUAGAAAUUCACAUCGGUCAUCAAACAAACACAACAACAACAAGAAACAGGGUUUACUCACUAGAUUCACUCACCACUGACAUGCACCGUGCAACUACUUGUUUUUUUCAAAUCUUCCCCAUCUUAUCUUCAUUUUUUCUCGGGCCUCAUUGUAAAUUUUUAUACAUUUGUCACCUUGUUGACACAUUGCCACUAACCAGCGAUGGAAUUCGUCCAAGUGCCGGGGCAAGUUACGGCUAGCGCUGCCGAAGCAAGCUUUCCGUUAAGCCCGACGGUCACAGCAGAAUCCAGAAACAGAACAUAUCUGUAGCCUCAGGUCACAAAAAUCAUUGAAGCAUAUUUUUUGAAGGCAGACAGGGUUCCCUAGAUUCACACAUUGCGUCCCGUUCACUCUGUCCAUUGGCUUUGCUCAUGUUUUUCGCAAGACACAAGUCGAGUCGUGUCCCUUUUCUCUGCUCUUUUUCUUGUCCCGGGCUUUUUUCAUAAUGUUGCUAAUUGUGGUUUGGGUUCUUCAGUGAGGGGAGUAGCAUGCCACUUUCUGUGGUCUUUCGGUCUUUCAAUGGUGGCAGCCUUUCACACAAAGCUAUCUGUGGCUCCAUUUACGCGAGGCCUGAAAUGUUAUUGCGGCAACUAAUAUAAAAAAAAGGCCAUCUUUUAUUACAACUAAUACUCGCUUUCCCAUGUCCCUCUGGUACGAGCACUGAAGUGCAUCUGUGGGACUGUCCAUAGGUGAAUGUUGCUGUGGCCAUAGAGUUGCAUAUGAAGUUAUUUAGAGGGAGCUGUGACGCUGUGAUCGUGCAGCUACCACGGGAAUUGUGGCCAGUGCACGUAUUUGUUUAAUGUUUGUGCCUGUGGCUUCAGACGUUCUUGUUGCAUUAUUUACCAGGCUUCAUCUCUCUGAAUUUCUAAGCAAAGUGUCUGCAGGCAAUAGCUUCCCACGCACACGAAUUAUCGCUGCAAAUCAUUGCAUUUAUAGUGCAAUAUUUGUGUCGGGAAUUAUCAAUUUGCAAUGUGAAAAGCUGUUUGAAGCUAGAAGUACAAAAUUUAGGCGAAUCUGUGCGCUAACCAAACCGCUGGUCUUGCAGCUCCCAUAAACAGUUGCACCUGAGUUUACUGUUGUGAUUUUUGUAGAAAACACUUAUGACUGUGGCCAAACUUCUUCAGCAGAAGAUAAAAGGUGUCAUCCACCCAACGGUUGCACGAAGAUGUUUUGUUGCCAUUAUUGAGACAAGCCACUUCUUCAGACGCUGCCAGGCCUAACAAAAGAUGCCGCUGUUGCCGCGAGAGUGCUUUGAUUUGAAUAUACUGGAUGGUGUCACAGAAUUUGGCAUUGGCCAUACACUUGCUAUGCGGAGAGCUCUACUAAAUGUCUCGCCGAGGACAUGUGUACAGCAUGGCUGUAGCCAUUUUGCAUGUGUCUAUGCAAGCAGCCAGAACAGCAUAGUACUACAACUGUCUAACAAGAGAGAAAUAGUUUGUGGGAUUCUAAACAAGAGAGGAGGCUCAGAGUAAGAUGGAGACUCGACGUGGUGAACAGUGGCCAAACAAAGGAGUUCUCGGGUUGGAGCCAACAUUUCGACAAAGGAACUUGUAUUCGUGAGAACAACGGGAAGUAACGUAACACAUGACACGAAGAAUCACGCAAGUACUGCAUCUUUUGAAUUGUGCAUUGUGGUAUUUCAUGCUGCUUAGUAUGAAUAUGGGCUGAUAAUGUGUCCUUCUUUCAGGGCACGUGGGCCAUGCCUGUGUUAAUGUGGAAAGGGUGGCAUCUCGUGUAAAUCUGUGAUCUACGAGGGUUGCAUUAGGCCUUGCUUGUACAUGCAAUGGCUGGCUUGGAGUGUCUUUUUUUUCUAUUUUUCUUCCAUUGUAACUUAAUCUAUUCAUACUGUGACUGGCCAACCCAUUGCAAUGGAGGGCUGCAUUUGGCUUCUUCAGUGUGGCCACAUUCAGUCUGGCACCAUUAGUGUGAGGGGCCAACUUACCGAGCCAUCUCAGAAAUUUCUUUAAUGAUGAAGCAAAAAGAUAAGUAAUGAGUUACGAGCAUGUUUGGUAGCGACCUUGUGUUUCUUCUUCCGUGAUGCAUUCAUGUUUGGCAAGCCGGUGAUAGAAAUAAGGGAAUGCCCAUGCUGAGAUUAGAGUGUUUUGUCCUCUUCUGGUUUGCUCAUAUAUAAUGUAUCUGCAUUCUUUUUGAGUUUUUGUAUUUUUGCUUUUUCAAAGUGCUCCGGUGCAGAUUUUGACGAGAGAUUAAGACGCCCAGACACUGACUGAGGGGUUGGUGCUUUGAGUGUCCUGCCGGUGAAGCCCUGAGGGUCUUUUAGGGCAAUCUGUUCCUUAGAUUUUUUUCUGUGUUCUUCCUAGAUGUACCUAAUAGGAGGUUAGUGGACAAACUCGCAGUACUCUGCCGAGGUCCAAUUUAGCGAGCAUCAGGGUGCUAUGCUGGAGGUUAUUUCUAAGAAAUGUCGCUCCAAAAUAGGUUCAUAAAGUGGGUGUUCGUGGUCAAACUUUUUGCAACAGGGCUCUGUUCUUGUUCAUCCCCUCUUGCCAGUGGUUUCUUCAUAUGAAUUGGUAGCCUUAUUUUUUUUGUUUGUGGUGACAACACUGUAACAUGCUUGCUAUUGUAGACUGCAGGAGGACUGAACCAGAGUACUGGCAGUGCCAGUGAUCCUGAAAAUGGAUGGCAGUUUAAUGUGCUGCAGUGAAAAUGCACCCAUAUUGUUUUUUUCUUUUUUGGUGUAGCAAUUCUGUUACAGGUGGCUGCUGGUAUCCACCCUGUAUCAUUUUUUUUAUAUGUCUACGACACACCAGGCCUGUCAUGUAAACCAUGUGUUUAGGCGAAGAACACUUUGUGGUCUUUGUGGAAAUUUGAAGGUCCGUUAAAUUUAUCUGUACUGUAUCUGUGUUUUAUUUAUAUGCCUGACAGAUGUCCGUGGUGACAGCCUUCACCUAAAAAGGUGUACCUCAACUCAUAACAACACUAAUUAUUUAGAGGUACACUCUGGGUUCCUUUAACCUUGAUUGCAUGUUCUUAUCCAGUUUCUAAAGUUUAACUUGGCAACCAAAGCAAAUGGCACGGGAUUCUUGGAAUUUAAGUGCACUUUAUCAAGCAACCCAGCAGGAGCCAUCGGUGUGCUUGUGCGAGCGUAAACGAUCGUCAAGUAUUGUGCGAAUUUGUAGAAAAGGAACCUUGAUAUUGGAACUCUGUCCUGUUUGGCAUGCAUAAUGAGGAGCAGUAGAAACUGGAUGGGAACUUAUGUGGAGUGUUGUUGAAAGUGUGCACGCACACGAAUGGACAACGAUUAUGUCCGUCGCUGGACAAUAACAUGUAUUUGCCAGUGCAGCACUCGUCAGUGUGUGGAAACCGUAUGUGACGUGUUGCCCGUGGGCUGGUGUGGGUUACGCGACUUUUGUGGGUGCUGUAAAGAAACUGAGUGUUGUUUUCCAUCAGAGGGCCACUAGUUUAAGCAACCUCUGUGCAUCCUCGACGGUGGUCUCUGCCCUUGUUCCCUUCGUUGUGUGCCAAGCUACUUACUCAUCAUUAGCAGCUGGGCAGCUUCUCUUCGUGGCCGUGUGGUUUAAGUGUUUUCUUCUUCUUGUUCUUGCUACGUAUAAAUAUGCGUGUACGUAUACGUGUACAAUGUUUGUAUGAAGGCAUCGUCUUGUAAUAUUGUGCAUACAGGAGGUGAGCGAGAGAAAGUGUACUAUUUUAGAUUUCCGAGUCUUAGAAACUAUAGUGGUGUAAUAAAUUUUAGUUUUUUAAAUAACACUAUCGUGGGGGUCUUGUCUUUAUUUCUGGUCCUGGUGUGCCUUGGGCCUGGCAGGUCUCGCUCACUGAUGUUGUGUAUCGGCACUCUCUAGGCAUCAAGGUACAGCACAAGCUGCCAUUAUUUCACCUGUAUAAAAAUACAAGUGCAUCAUAGAAUAAACACCUUGCUGUUCA